AAUAAUAACAAUAAUAUUAAUAAUCAUAAUAUAAUCAGUAUAAACAAAUACUACAAGGCAGCAUCUUCAACCUCUUCCUCUUCUCGAUUCAAUAGGAUUAUCAUGGAUGAUGGUGUAGCCUCUGGAGAACUCUUGGUUGACCCGCCCAGACCCACCGGUGUCCUAAUGAAACUGAUAUUCUUGUUCCAUCCAAGUCUACUGCUCCUACUUGUACUCCCCAGUAUACUCAACUUUUGGGUACUGUUCAUUGCAGGCACUGGAUCACUUCGUCCAUUCUCCUAUAUAGUAUUUCUGGCCACACCAGCCAUCUUCCAACUUAUAAUGUUAGUCUAUCAUUCACGAUCAUGUGUGUUCCUUACAUAUGGUCGACAAGCAAUAGCAAGGAAAUAUCACUUGAACUGUGGAGGCGAACAAAAGUACCAACUGAUAGACUUACAAACACAGACAGUGGUGGCAUUGAUGGAUGCUAGUAGAGUGUCUGAUGAGACUGCUAUGUAUCUAUAUAUACCAAUCAGUAACAAGGUGUACAACAUGUCGUACUAUGAGUCAACGUUUAGAGUGAAUGCUGCAGGUCAUUGGCAGGUAGUGUUCACUUGGAAGGCAAUGUUAAGUGCUGUCGUCUUUGGUCUGUUGGUGAGUGAGGUGAUCCUUCUUGUCAUCCUUAGACAUUGGUUCAUGAUGUUGUUU